UUUCCAUCAAUCUUAUUUACCUUCAAUCUACAACAUUUUCUCUCAAAAAACCAUGUUAACAUCUCCGGUCCACGAUGACACGACCAUCUCCUCAGCGUCUGCAGCUGUCAGCUCGACCACGUUAGAGGUAGGAGAAGGAGAAGUUCGUGUUAGCGUGGACAUGGAGGUGGAAACAAACAUGUACAAUGUUCAUACCUCAUUUUCAUCCUCUACUAAGCCCCAUGCAACGUCUAGUGAUCCAUGCUGGAACGUCAUGCAAUCAGAAGUCUCGAGUUUGAGUCUGGACGAUUUUUGCUUCAUUAGGAAACUUGGGAGUGGUGACAUUGGUUCUGUGUAUCUUGUUGAGUUGAAGGGUAAUAAUAAAGGGUGUUUGUUUGCAGCUAAAGUGAUGGAUAAAGAGGAAUUGAUUAGUAGGAGUAAAGAAGGUAGAGCAGGGACAGAAAGGGAAAUAUUGGAAAUGUUGGAUCAUCCUUUUUUGCCUACACUUUACACUACUUUGGAUACUGAUAAAUGGUCUCUUUUGUUGACUGAAUUUUGUCCUGGUGGUGAUCUUCAUGUUCUCCGGCAACGGCUGCCGGAAAAGAGAUUCGAUGAAGCCGCGGUCCGGUUUUACACAUCAGAAGUUGUGGUUGCUUUAGAGUAUCUACAUAUGAUGGGAAUAAUUUAUCGUGAUUUAAAGCCAGAAAAUGUGUUAGUAAGAUCAGAUGGUCAUAUUAUGUUAACUGAUUUUGAUCUUUCACUAAAAUGUGAUGAUUUAGUAAUGCCUCAACUUGUUCAUGAUGAGGGUACUAGUCCAAAUUACAUACAUUAUAAUAAUUCAAAUGAUCAUAAUUCGCCUUCGUAUAAUUCAUCGUCACCGUGCAUCUUGCCUAAUUGUAUCGUGCCACAGUACGUCUCGUGUUGGUACUCUAAGCACAUGAGAAGACGAAGAAGAAGAGGAAGAGGAGGAACGAGUACUGAGAGACCCUUGAGGUUGAUAGCUGAGCCGAUUGAGGCUCGAUCGAUGUCGUUUGUCGGGACCCACGAGUACUUGGCCCCGGAGAUCGUGUCGGGGGAAGGACAUGGUAAUGCGGUGGAUUGGUGGACGCUAGGGAUUUUCAUGUACGAGUUACUUUAUGGUGUGACACCUUUUAGAGGACUUGAUAAUGAGUUCACCCUAUCAAACAUCGUGGCUCGAGCCUUUGAGUUCCCUAAAGAGCCAUUGGUCCCAAACAUGGCUAAGGACUUGAUCACACAACUUUUGGUCAAGGACCCCACCAUGAGAAUGGGGUCCAUGAUGGGGGCCACAACAAUAAAACAACAUCCUUUCUUUGAUGGUGUGAAUUGGGCACUAUUAAGAUGUACAACCCCACCUCAUAUUCCAACAAAUUUCAAUAGUACUAGAGACUUUGUCUCAGCUUAUGAUGAUGAUUAUGUAGAUUAUUAUUAAUUUCGAGUAUCGAUUAUAGUCAUUUUUAUACUAUC